AUCCGGUUACGUUAAGAUAUUUUAAAGUAUUUGAACAUUGUAAUAAUUGUUUUACGAUUAGGAUUAAACUAUUUCCAAUUUGUAGAUUAUCCGAUAGAUUAACGUAUUCGAUUUGAUGACAAUUGCUAAAUAGUUGAGCAAUUGAUAAAUAAUUUUUAUAAUUUAAAUUAUAACCUUGAAAUUUAAAUGUCGUUAUUGUAUUUGAUGAAUUUUCAAACUGUUUAAAUAACUUUGAGUAUCCGUUAAAAUCAUUAUUUUCAAUUUUUUUACGAACGCUACGUGUAGAUAAUUCAAUAUUGGACGCCAUUUUGUUUUUUUAGUAUUGAUCCAAGUUGCUUAUGGCAAUUGGAGGGGUUGUUUUAUUUGUACUAAAACUAGAUCACUAGGUGACGUUAUAAAUUGAUUUUGUUGAUUUAUAAUUUAUAAAAUGAGCAUCAUAUGUUGUCUGCGCAUUAGAAACAACUGUUGCCUCUGCCUCCUGCCUCCCCUCCCCUUUUUCUACCUCACUCUCUUAUCUCACCCAUUAUGAGCAAUUCAUUACAUAAAUAACUGAUUUAUAGAUAAGAAAUUUUUUUAUACAAAUACAAUAUAUAUUUUAUAUUAAUGGUUUGAGUUUGUGUGGAAGAUUCAAAAUUGGGAUUUUAAAUUAUUAACACAGCAAAAUGCUUACAACUUUAGGAUUUUUAACAAGUAUUUUACUACUAAUAAUACUAUUAAGGUGUAUUGAACAUUUUAUAAGAUCUAUUUAUAUAAGGAAUAUUAAAAAUAGAUACGUUUUAAUAACCGGAUGUGAUACUGGAUUUGGAAAUCUAUUGGCGAAACGUCUUGACAAUAAAGGAAUGAAUGUUAUAGCUACUUGCCUAACUGAAAAAGGAGCUAAAGAUUUAUCGUUAUCCUCUUCAAAUAGAUUGACAACUUUCAUUCUGAACGUAACGAAUGACGAUGAAAUUGAACAACUUAGGGAAUUUGUUAGUCAAAAAGUUGGUGAAAAUGGUCUAUACGCUUUAGUGAAUAAUGCUGGAAUUAUUGGACACAAUCUUGGUUCGCCGGAGACGAUUCUACCGCAUAAAGUUAGGGAAGUUUUAAACGUUAAUGCGGUUGCUCCAGCAAUAAUGUCAUUUAAAUUUCUCCAUUUGUUACAUAUGGCGAAUGGUAGAAUUAUUAACAUGUCAUCCCUUGCUGGACGGAUACAAAAUAAGAUUCUUUUAUAUGCAAUGUCGAAAUUUUGUCUAUCAGGCCUAUCAAGUUGUUUAGGGCUUAUAUUGAAAACUCAUGGCUGGAAUAUUUCUGUUCAUGUAAUUGAACCAGGAAUGUAUAGGACUAGUCUAUUAAGUGCUGAUGAUACUAGAAAACGGGUUUUUGACAGUUACGAUAGAGCUUCGAAAUUUACAAAGGAUACAUUCAAAACUAGAGAGAACUAUGUUGAAAAAUAUAUGGAAUACCAUUUAACAGCGAUACAUAGAUUGAAAAGCAAUACUCACGAAGUAAUUGAUGCAUAUGAGAAUGCAAUCUUAUCAAUAUGGCCUAAAAAUCGUUAUACAGUUGGAUUAUUUGAGAAAUAUGUUAUAAUUCCACUAACUUAUCUCCCAACAACAAUUUCAGACAUUCUUGUAGCAAAAGAUUAAUUGAAUGUUAUCUUUUUUGAAAAAAUAUACAUGAACAUCAUUAAUUAUUCUAAAA